UUAGUGAGGACACAAGCCGAGGUGAAAUUCUGAACCUGGUGGAAGUUUUUAUUUAAACAUGCAAAUAUAACGGAGAGUAUGAAUAUCGUUUUGCCUUGUCAAAAUAUUCAGAUUUUGGGCCGAACCCGAUUGAAAUUAAAAAUGUUGUUAAAUCUUAACUGGCGAAAAUUCCGCGUUCUAUGUACUUACAAAAUGGAAUGCAUGAAUCAAGAAGCAGGUGGAUAACAAGUGCGUACUUAAUGUAAAUGUAAGCGCCUUCAAAGCGCCGACUUAUCGUUGCAAGCAAAUACUCAGCAUAAAUAGCCACAAAUAAGUUGGUAAUGAAACAAAAACACCGCCAACAUGUCGUCUAGGUCUAGGUUGAGACUAUAUAAUGCCAGUAAGCCCGGCUAGAAAUCAGAGCAUUACCACUAUUUGCAAAAAUGAAAAAGUCUCAAAGUAAACUCGGGCUGUAUUUGUUCGUAGCCCUCCUAAGCAUUUCACUAGGAAACUCCAUGCCCCUGGAGGAUAUGGACUCCCAGGAAAUGAUUGACUUGACGGAUCUGGGUGAUACAAUCUUUGGUAAUCCGGAUGAGGAAACUACAGGCGCUUUGGUGGAAGCUCACAAUGAGAAAUCGCCACAGAACCCCGAGGAGCUGGGCACCUACUAUGAAGGUGAUAUAUUGAUCCCAUUGAGUUAUAGGAACGCUCGCUCAAAUGGUACUCGUAAUGGCAUUUUGGCGCUGAGCUCCCGCUGGCCGGGAGGUGUUGUGCCAUACGAGAUCAAAGGUCCUUUUACCACCCAGGAAUUGGGAAAUAUCAAUCAUGCUUUUAAGGAAUACCACACGAGAACCUGUAUCCGUUUCAAGCCCCGGACAACCGAAAAAGAUUACAUAUCAAUUGGAAGUGGCAAGUCUGGAUGUUGGAGCAGCAUUGGUCGUUUAGGUGGCCGUCAGGAGGUUAAUCUGCAGUCGCCCAACUGCCUGCGAACUUAUGGUACUCCGAUCCACGAGCUGAUGCACGCCUUGGGCUUCUUUCAUGAGCAAAACCGACACGAGCGUGAUUCUUAUGUCCGUGUGAUGAGUGACAAUAUUAAGCCCGAGAUGAUGGUAAACUUCGAAAAGUCCAGUUCCAAGACUCAAUCUGGCUUCGGCGUAGAGUACGACUACGGUAGUGUGAUGCACUACUCGGCCACCAGCUUCACCCGAAAUGGUCAGCCCACAUUAAAGGCAUUGCGUUCAACUUCCGAUGCCAGUCAGAUGGGUCAACGACGAGGUUUUUCCUCCGGAGAUGUGCGCAAGAUCAAUGCCAUGUACAAAUGCAAGGUUUAGAGCAUAAAUCGUCAACGCAUAAUUACGGACCAAUUGAAUCU